AUGCUCGAAUGCGGCCCGGCGGUGGAAGAGCAUGGGGCCCCCACCGCGCAUUAUGAAUUCAUAGGGCUUAGUUUUAAACCAUGCAGCAAACGCAGCAUCCCCCGUUACAAAACGUUACAGACAUUAAAGGGCGCCGCGCCCCUCAAAAAGGUUUCGGUGGGGGGUAUUGAAAAGCCUUGCCCCACGCAUGGCGCAUGCGGCGGGGGUUCAGGGGGUUUCUCUUUUUUCGGCAUUAUUUAUUUUUUAAAAAUGGUGCGCCGAAGACCACCGCAACUCAACAGGGGGCUGUGGGCGGCCCAUGGCCCGGUAGUUUCGCCCCGUUGUACCCUCAAGGUGAGGCGGGGCGGUUGGACACUUUGUUGCAGAACAAUUCCGUAA